AUGAACAGCUGGGGCACUAGGGUGAAAGGAGAGCAGACCCAGCACAAAGCUAUAGCAAGGAGGGAAGAGCAAGUCAAGAGUGAGCCACUCCCAGCACCGCACAUCUGCUGUCCAAGGGUCUGGAACCUAUGCCCAAGCCAACAUUCAGAUCCUGCAACCCUGACUGAGCAAAUAGAGGAAAAAGCCAAUCCAUAUCCCUUGCAUUUUCAAACCUGUGGAGAAACCGAGAACUCCAGGAGCGCUAGGCGGCCCAGCUGUGGAUGGUUAGAUAGCCCCCGCCACCAGUCCCCCCCCCCCCGUCCUCCCCGCAUCAAGCAAGAAUUUAACAAGUAUGAUACAGAUGGGUCAAAGUGGAUUAAACAGUAUACUGGAAUCAAUGCAAUUUCAAAGAAAGAAUUUUCCAUUGAUGUUGGUUACGAAUGGUUCCUGGGGCCAGAAAUCUUCUUUCAUCCAGAGUUUGCUAAUCCAGACUUCACACAACCUAUCUCAGAAGUAGUAGAUGAAGUAAUUCAGAAUUGCCCUAUUGAUGUCAGACGUCCUCUCUACAAGAAUAUUGUCCUCUCCGGGGGUUCAACCAUGUUCAGGGAUUUUGGACAUCGACUACAGCGAGAUUUGAAAAGAACUGUUGAUGCAAGACUGAAACUAAGUGAAGAAUUAAGUGGUGGUAGACUGAAGCCAAAGUCUAUUGAUGUGGAAGUCAUUACACACCACAUGCGACGAUAUGCAGUUUGGUUCGGGGGAUCAAUGCUGGCUUCCACACCUGAGUUCUACCAAGUAUGACACACCAAAAAGGAUUAUGAAGAAAUCGGACCUAGUAUUUGCCGCCACAAUCCAGUGUUUGGGGUCAUGUCUUAA